GGCAGUUAAUUUCUUCUCCGAUUCGUUUCUUCGCCAUUCUUUCUCUUUGCGUAUCUCUGCAAUUUCGUAUUCUUUUGGUCGAUCUAAUUCUCCGGCGACAUCAAGGGCUGAGAAUGGAAGCUCAUGGCAGCGGAUUAUGCCGCGUGCUCGUGCUCGCCUUUUGCGUCGCCGGGAUUUGGUCUGCUUACAUUUAUCAAGGUGUUCUUCAGGAGACUCUGUCUACUAAGCGCUUUGGUUCCGACGAAAAGAGAUUUGAACACCUUUCCUUCCUUAACUUGGCACAAAACGUUGUCUGUUUAAUAUGGUCAUAUAUAAUGAUAAAGCUCUGGUCCAGUCGUAGCACUGUUGGCGCACCUUGGUGGACUUACUGGAGUGCUGGUAUUACGAAUACGAUUGGACCAGCUAUGGGGAUUGAAGCUUUGAAGUACAUAAGUUAUCCUGCCCAGGUCCUGGCAAAGUCAUCAAAAAUGAUUCCAGUAAUGCUGAUGGGAACGCUAGUUUAUGGUAUUAAGUACACAUUUCCGGAGUAUCUUUGUACAUUUUUGGUUGCUGGAGGAGUGUCUACAUUUGCACUCUUAAAGACUAGCUCAAAGACUAUUAGCAAGUUGGCACAUCCCAAUGCACCACUUGGAUAUGGACUCUGCUUCCUGAACCUUGCAUUUGAUGGUUUCACGAAUGCCACUCAAGAUUCCAUUUCAACAAGGUACCCAAAAACAAGUGCAUGGGACAUAAUGUUGGGAAUGAAUCUUUGGGGUACAAUAUAUAACAUGAUUUAUAUGUUUGGGUGGCCGAAUGGCACUGGAUAUCAUGCCAUAGAAUUCUGUAGACAGCAUCCCGAGGCAUCGUGGGACAUUCUUCUGUAUUGUCUCUGUGGAGCAGUAGGCCAAAAUUUUAUCUUCCUAACAAUAAGUCGAUUCGGUUCCCUUGCUAAUACCACCAUUACCACAACUCGCAAGUUUGUCAGCAUCGUGGUGUCCUCUAUGCUCAGUGGAAAUCCCCUGUCAUCGAAGCAGUGGGGCUGCGUUGUAAUGGUCUUCUCGGGGCUAUCAUAUCAAAUCUACCUCAAGUGGAGGAAGCUGCAAAAGUUGCAGAGAAAGAGAAAGACCACCUAACUAGGAAUUACAGUGUAAGCAAAGUUCAAUGGUCCUUAAAUUAGAGGGCAUCAUGUUUUAUAGAGCGCAUUAGAAGUUAUAUGAACAAAGUUUUGACUCUCCCUUUUCUUUUACUUUUGUAUAAUCAGGCUUUGGAGGUGACCCAGUGGAAGUCCCCUCCUCGAACCUAUGACUGAUUUUUCUUUUUUUUUUUUCUAAGAGAAUGAAUUACUAUAAUCUCGAAAAGUGCUAUUGUUGAUUUAAAGAACAAGUAAGAAAUCUUGUUGUGUUUCA